CGUGAACGUAAAAGCCUUUGAAUAAAUAUUCCCGAGUAUAUGCGUUUAUAGGCCGAUUGCGACCAGUGUCAAUCGCAACCGAUUUCUAAACACUUCAAAACGCAACAGGAUGCAGAUUGCUCCAUCAUGGCAGAAAUCAUUGAAAAAGUCAGGUGCUUAAAGCAUGAGCCCGUCCAUCAAGAAUUUCAAUCCGAUCAAAAGGCAUUAAAUGCUGGGGCACGUCAUGCCACUGAGGCCGAGCACAGCCUAACAAUAUGGCGAGCCCUGAAGAUAUACAAGAAAGCUGCAUUAUGGUCUAUUCUCAUAUCCACGGCCGUAAUCAUGGAAGGGUACGAUAAUCACCUACUCGGCAACUUUAUAGGGUAUCCAGCCUUCCGCAAAAGGUACGGCACUUGGCUAAAUGCCAAAAGCGGCUAUCAAAUCUCCUCCAAAUGGCAAGCCGGGUUGACAGACAUUGGUUCGGUUGGUAAUAUCAUUGGCGCACUGCUCAAUGGAUAUUUCACACCGAAAUUCGGGCCUCGCAAGGUUCUAAUGGCUGCCCUUGUCUGGCUGACUGGUACCGUAUUUAUCACAUUCUUCGCUCCUAAUAUCGAAACCAUUUUGGUGGGCCAGUUGCUGUGUAGUAUUCCCUGGGGCAUCUGCGCGACAACAGCACCGGCGUAUGCUGCAGAGGUUGGUCCGCUCGCGCUCAGAGGUUACCUUACUGCCUACGUGAAUGUCUGUUUCUGCGCUGGUCAACUGAUCUCAGCGGGUGUUCUCAAAGCCCUCGUCAAUAAUGCGACCCAAUGGUCCUAUCGCAUUCCGUUUGCGACACAGUGGAUCUGGCCCCUUCCUUUAUUCAUCGGCGUCCUCUUCGCACCUGAAUCUCCCUGGUAUCUGGUCCGCGCUGGCAAACUCGAUGAAGCAAAGCGAGCUUGUCAGAAACUAUCUUCUGAUAAUGAGUCCGACGAUGACUCUCAUAUUGCACUGAUGAUGCAAACGAACAACCUUGAGAAAGCUGAGCGAGAAGGUGUUACCUACUGGGACGCCAUACGAGGGACUAACUUGCGUCGUACAGAGAUCGCGUGCGUUGUAUAUCUGUCACAAAUCACCAGUGGGUCUGUUUUAUGUUAUAGCGGAACUUUCUUCUACGAACAAACCGGCAUGUCCGCCUCAACUUCGUAUGCUCUUGGUUUGGCAGGCACAGGUAUUUCGGUCAUCUGCUCUGCUCUUUCCUGGUUCUACAUCUCUCGUUGGGGCCGACGGGAUAUCUGGCUCGGUGGAUUUUGCCUGUCGGUCGUUAUUUUGUUUUUGAUCGGUAUUCUGGCUUGUGUUCCGAAGUCAUUUGCGAUUUCGUGGGCACAGGGGCUGCUGUGUUUGGCCUGGCUCGCCGUAUACUCCAUGUCGAUUGGUCCGAUUGUCUUUACAAUUGUGGCUGAAAUUGGCUCGACACGUCUUCGGACACAGACCAUCGUCUUGGGGCGAAGUGUCUAUUAUAUUGGUAAUAUCGUCGGUGGCGUACUAGAGCCAUAUUUCAUGUCGCCCACGUCCUGGAAUGCCGCGGGAAAAACAGCGUUUUUCUGGGGCGGCCUCGCUCUGCUCACCGCCACCUGGGGCUUUUUCCGUCUACCUGAGACAGCAGGCAGAACUUUUGCCGAACUGGAUAUCAUGUUUCACAGACGUAUUCCAGCUCGUAAGUCUGCUACCUAUCAGAUUGAUUUAGACGAGGAGUUUGUUGGAUAG